CGAGAAACACUAAGCCAACCAAAACUCCAUCCAGCCUCCUCGACAGGAACUGACGUGCCUUCGGUGCAAGUGGAUGGAAAAAAUGCAGCUGCAAGAAAAAUGGCUCCAAACACCGUACCGCUAAAAGGUGUUUAAAAAAUUUGCUGCACUACCUUUGGGCUACACUGACUUAAAAGCUGUCACACUCAUGGCACCUUCCAGUUGACAGAAUGGCCCAGAUAUCAAGUGGUAAUGGGUUCAAGCUGGAUGUCCCCCAGCCAAAAGGGGUUGUGGGUAAAGAGGAAGCCCUCCGCAUGGAGGAAGAGGCUUUAGCGAAACUGCAAAGGGAGAAGAGACACACUCUUUCAGCUUCAACGUCCUCAUCUUCCUCUGUAGCCCCCCCAUCCUUCACAAAACCAAAACCAUCGAAAUCUACCACUACUGCUCCUCAACCUUUACCCUCUACUAAUAGACCAGAAAAAGACCUCAUUGUCUUUCCAGAGACCAAGAAGCAGGCAGAGCAAGACAAGUUCAGGGAUAUUGAUGUGGACAAGCUGACCAAUGAGGAACUUGAAAAACUCCUACUGGAUGACAACUUUGGGGCUAACAGCAAAGUGUCCCGCCCCUCAUCACUACUGGGGUUUAACCUCAGUGCCUCUUACCCUGGAGGCCAUGCCUGUAGCUCCUCUCCUUUCCAGAGCAGCCAGUGGCCAUCUGUCCUGUCCACCCCAUCUAGCUCCAGUGUGUCCACUCCCACCCAUCAGCCGGCCCCAUUGUUCCCCUCUGCUCCCUUCCCUAAACCAGGCACAUUUAAGAAUGGCUUCACUCCAACCAUGCCACCCUUCAUGACCCUGUCGGCGCAGCAGUCACCUUUCAUACCCUUCAAUCCCAUCCAGCCCAACCCUGCCAUGGUCUUCCAGCAGCCAGCCGUGGACCCAGAGAUGGCCAAACUGUUUGACAAGAUUGCCAGCACCUCAGAAUACUUGAAGAAUGGCAAAUCGGCCAGCACUGACCUAGAUUUUUCUCAAGCGGCUACAGCUUCUCUGGCACCUAACCCACCACCCCAGCAGCCGGCAUUGAUGGAAUCUUCUAGCAUCAGCCGCUUUGAGUGGCUGGAUCUGGACCCACUUACAAAACGUAAAGCCGAGAAUGAGGAAGUAUCCCAGGCAUCAGGAGACACUGCACAGACAGUACCAGGAGUUGCUGCAGGGGAUCCUUGGGAUGCGGUGCUCGAGACUGAGGGGAACAGUAGUAGCAGCAGCCCACCGCCGGAGGGGAAAGCAUCGCAGUCAGUUCACUCACAGCCCAGGAGAGCAUCAACAGGAGCGGCUGUCACCAGGAGUCAUUCACUCAACAUCCCAGGGACCUCUUCCCAGCACAAACCAAACAGUCAGGACAAGGGAAAGGGAAAAGGUUUGGUGAAGAAUGCCGCCCUGGAGGAACAGGAUGCUCAAAAUCUGGAGGUUGUCGCCUUCUGUGAAGACGUAGCAACCCUGCGCUCCAAAUUCCCUCAUGGCGACAUGUCCACCAACCCCGGCUACGUCCUCAGCCCUGUCAUUACCCAGAGAGACGGCGGAGGUGACAAUAGCUGCUCUGUCAAGGUUUCUAUAGAAAUCUCAGAAUCUGAACAGCCUGUAACGUUCACCUGUGACGUGAGUUCUCCAGUGGAGUUGUUGAUCAGUCAGACUCUCUGUUGGGUCCACGAUGACCUAGACCAGGUCGACUUCUCUAGCUACCUGCUCAAAGUCUGUGGCCGGGAGGAGGUGCUGCAGAAUAAACACAGCCUAGGCAGCCAUGAGUAUGUCCAGAACUGCAGGAAGUGGGAGAAUGAGAUCACAUUACAGCUCCUCUCUCACUCCACCAUGAGAAGAGACUUGGCACGCAGUGCUGAAGAUGACAACUCUCAAAUAGAUUUAGAAAAGCACCUGGGCCAAGUUGACCGGCCGUUCAAGGAGAAUGUCACCAGACAAGGCCUGGCUGACUAUUUAGAAGGCUAUCACAAUCAAGUCAACAUCUGCCUACAAAAUGAGAGUACCCAGUACAAGACAGUGGACCGGGUGGUGCAGACUAUGAAGAACUUGUGCUGUGCUCUGGAUGAAGUGGAGACCCAAGCCAUCACAGAGGCUGUCAAAAGGCUGAGACACUCUGUCAAUUUACCCAGGACACGCUCACCCAAGAUGGGGGCCACAUCUUCUGGUCAGUCAUCAAAUGGUCACACAAGUCCUGUGGAGGAGAGCAUGGCCUUACUGACACAGGCUGUCUACGACUUAGCCAAGCUCUACUUGCGCUCCUUCUGCCCCCCAUCUGCCUCCUUCCGCUCACCUCCGUUGCCCCAGGCUGCAGAUGAGGAAGGCGUAGAGGGGAGGAGCAGUAAAGAAGCUUCCGGCACCACAGACCACCUUCAGUUCACUCUGUUUGCCUUGCACGGCAUCCCGGCCAACUGGGUCAGCAGUUAUGAGAAGUACUUCCUGGUGUGCUCCCUCACCCACAAUGGCAAGAACCUGUUUAAACCGGUCCAGUCCAAGAGAGUGGGCACAUACAAAAGCUUCUUCUACCACAUCAAAUGGGAUGAGCUGAUCAACUUCCCCAUAGCGGUAGCUGUUCUCCCGCUGGAGUCCAUACUGAGUCUGACUCUGUUUGGGGUGUUGAACCAGAAUGCAGGCGGCUCUCCAGAUUCCAACAAACAGAGGAAAGCUCCAGAGCUGCUGGGCAAAGUCUCUAUGCCACUCUUUGACUUCAGACGGGUGCUUGCCAGGGGCAGCAGGUUGCUGUGUCUGUGGACAUCUGCACAAGGAGCUGCUGCUGCUGCUGGCUCUACAGGCAACCGCAAGAGGAUGCCCACAGAGAGAAUAGUCCUGCAGGUGGACUUCCCCAACACACCAGUGGAUGUUUUAUACAUCGGACCCAAGGAAGACCCCAGCCCAGAGCCCAACACACAGGAAGAGCUGGACCCUGAUCUGCGACGCAAACUUGAGAAAAUCUGCAGCAGAGCAUCCAAUUUCGGGCUGAAGCGGGCAGAUCACCAGCUUCUAUGGGACCAUCGGCUCCACUGUCGGAAGGACCACCCCAGCAGCCUCCCCAAAGUGUUGGCCAGUGUGCCCAGCUGGGACUGGGCCAGCAUGGCUCACAUCCACUCCCUGCUGCACCACUGGCCCACUCUGCCCCCUGUCACUGCGCUGGAGAUGCUUGACUCAAAAUUUGCAGAUACAGAAGUGAGAAGUGUGGCUGUUAGCUGGAUUGAGAAAAGCAGCGAUGAUGAGCUGGCAGACUACCUGCCACAGCUAGUACAGGCAUUAAAGUUUGAGUGUCACCUAAAGAACGCCCUUGUCAUGUUCCUGCUGUCCAGAGCGCAAGGCAACAUCAACAUUGCCCACUACCUCUACUGGCUACUGAAGGACGCUGUGCAGGAUCCUGCCUGGGGACGACGCUAUGAGCGGGUGCUGGGUGCCCUGCUGUGUCUGUGUGGAGCCAAGCUCAGGGCGGAGCUGGAGAAACAGACUCACCUGGUCACGCUGCUGGGAGCCGUGGCCGAGAGAGUGAGACAGGCCGGAGGGUCUACUCGACAGGUGGCGCUGCAAGAGGGCCUUGAAAAUGUUCAGAACUUUUUCCAGAGGAACAGCUGCCGACUGCCCCUCAGCCCAAGUCUGGUGGCCAAGGAGCUAAAUAUCAAGACCUGCUCCUUCUUCAACUCCAACGCAGUUCCCCUCAAGCUGGCCCUGGUCAAUGCCGACCCACUGGGAGAAGAGAUCAAUGUCAUGUUCAAGGUUGGAGAGGACCUAAGGCAGGACAUGUUGGCUCUUCAGAUGAUCCGCAUCAUGGAUCGCAUCUGGCUGCAGGAGGGGCUGGACCUCCGCAUUGUCAACUUCAAAUGCAUUUCCACUGGCAAGGACAAAGGCAUGGUGGAGCUGGUACCGUCCUCCGACACCCUGAGAAAGAUCCAGGUGGAGUACGGCGUCACCGGAUCCUUCAAGGACAAACCGCUGGCUGAGUGGCUCCGCAAGUACAACCCUGCUGAGGACGAGUAUGAGAAAGCAUCCGAAAACUUCAUCUACUCCUGUGCAGGUUGCUGCGUGGCAACCUACGUCCUGGGCAUCUGUGAUCGUCAUAAUGACAACAUUAUGCUGCGCUCCACUGGUCACAUGUUCCACAUCGACUUUGGCAAGUUCCUGGGCCACGCCCAGAUGUUUGGCAGCUUCAAAAGGGACCGAGCUCCAUUCGUUCUGACCUCUGACAUGGCGUACGUCAUCAACGGAGGCGAGCGCCCCACCAGUCGUUUCCAGCUGUUUGUAGACUUGUGUUGCCAGGCCUACAACCUCAUCCGCAAGCACUCCGGGCUUUUCCUCAACCUGUUGUCACUGAUGACGUCCUCAGGCCUUCCAGAGCUGACGGGCUCUCAGGAUCUGAAGUAUGUGUUUGAUGCUCUGCAGCCCCACAACACAGAUGCUGAAGCAACUAUCUUCUUCACCAGGCUGAUAGAAUCCAGUCUGGGCAGUGUGGCCACCAAGUUCAACUUCUUCAUCCACAACCUUGCCCAGCUCCGUUUCUCCGGUUUGCCGGCCAACGAUGAGCCCAUCCUGUCUUUCUCCCCCAAGACCUACACUCUGAAACAGGAGGGCCGCAUCCUCCACGCCUCCAUCUUCUCCUUCCAGAAGAGAUACAACCCUGACAAGCACUAUACGUAUGUGGUGAGGAUCCUGAGGGAAGGUCAGAAUGAGCCCCAGUUUGUUUUCCGCACUUUUGAUGAGUUUCAGGAGCUCCACAACAAACUCAGCAUCCUCUUCCCCCUCUGGAAGCUGCCGGGUUUCCCAAACAAGAUGGUGCUCGGUCGCACCCACAUCAAAGAAGUGGCAGCCAAGAGGAAGAUGGAGCUCAACAACUACGUCCACAACCUGAUGAGGAGCUCCACAGAGGUCACACAGUGUGACCUGAUCUACACCUUCUUCCAUCCAAUUGCACGGGAUGACAAGACAGAAGGUUUAGAUGCCACACCCAAAGCACCAGAGCCUCCACUGAGUCCCACUUCUGGUCGCGUGGAAGGAGAAGUGAAGCUCUCAAUCUCCUACAGGAACAGCACUCUCUUCAUCAUGGUUAUGCACAUCAGAGAUCUGGUUUCCGAAGAUGGAACAGAUCCAAACCCAUAUGUGAAAACCUACCUGCUUCCAGAUCCACACAAGACUUCCAAACGCAAGACAAAGAUCUCGAGGAAAACCAGGAACCCUACUUUCAAUGAAAUGUUGGUGUACAGUGGCUACAGCAAGGAAACCCUGGGCCUAAGGGAGCUUCAACUGAGUGUGCUCAGUGCCGAGUCACUGCGUGAGAACUACUUUCUGGGCGGAAUCACACUCAGACUCAAAGACUUUGACCUCAGCAAGGAGACAGUCAAGUGGUACAAGCUUACAGCCGUCCCCUACUUCUAACCCUGCAUCUCCCGAAGCCUGAACGCCACCGCAGCUGCCGCCACCGGGAACGACGACGCCACCUCUCCAGACAAAAGCUGCAUUCACAUCAUAUGGGAAAGGCGGCAGAUGUGGCCUUACUUGAAAAUACUUACAUUUCAAUUAGAAAAAUAUAAUUUCAGAAAUUUAAAGUCUAAGCAGUGAUAUUUUCAUUUUUAAAUCUAACAACCCAAAUGGACCAUUUCUUGCACAUGUUUUUCUAUUAAUAUUCUCAAGACGUCAUGGCAGGAUACAGCUGUACUUGUUGCUGAAACAUCACAUGUGUACAUGUGUUGAACAACUGAUCAGUAACCCAUCAGAAUUUCACCAUGGUGUCCUUACAGCUUCAAACUAGUCUAAUAUAACAGUGAUCAUGUGGCCUCUGUGGUUAUUCCUAUAUGACAUGAGUGCGGACUUCAAAACUCCUUCGAAAUACCCUCAAAGGGUGACCGAACAGGCCUAUUCACAAACCCUCAAAGAGGAGCCUGCUCUCCAUUCUUCACUAUUUCUUUAACUAAUCAAGAUUGUUUCUGUGACAAGCAAUCUCCACUUAUUUUGUCUCUCUUUAUUUCCUAAACUAUAACGAAGAGCUGUAAUGUUUUGUACAUUUUGAUAAUAGAGGACCAAAAUGGCUUACUUUCAGAAGAGUAUAUAUAGAUUGACACAUUUAUUUUUUAAGGACUAGAAAGGGGGCUCAUUUUUACAUGCUCCUUGUUUAUUUUCUAUAUAGACAAAUAGGAGGCAUCAGGGUUUCCUGCUUCGCAGCAGACACUUCUGGGUAGAGUAGUCCAACACACCAGAUUCCAGGAAAUCAAUAGUGACCUUAUGAUUCCCCAAGAAUGUGCCAAAAGUAACGAGAGGGACAGCAAAUCAAACCACUCUCCCGAGCAGGGAGCUGAACAGGGUGCCUUUGUUUGUGCUCACAAUCUCCUUAAUGCUCAACUUGGCCUUAUUGCUAUAUGUAUUUUAUUAACAAUCUGAUGUGUCAUUCUUAAAGAAAAAUCUAUAUUCUGUAAAGCUAUAUCAAUAGUUCUUCCAGAGCAGGUUUGUGCCAGACCGGCACCAUAAAGGUUUUUUUUUAACAGUGGACUGCCACUAAAAGCACACUACCAGGUCUUUCUUGAUUACUUGACUAUUUUCACACAGCACACCUUAAAGGGGAAUUUGUAUCAUAAGCUUCGGAACACGCUCUUGUCUGUGCUCUGGAUGAAGAGAUUAUGGUUGCCCAAAAAACGCUGAUCAUAAGUCAGUUCAGAGUUUCAUUGAGGUGGUUUGAAACCCGAUUUCAGACUUUCCAACAUGCAGUUUAGGGACUGAGUUAAAACUGGAGUCUGGAUGUGAGGCUGUUUCAGCUCAGGCAGCAAUACCACACUCACUUCCGGUGCUGAACAGUGGUGUAAUGACGCCGUGAUGAUUAACUCCGUAAAAGGUUAUCAAUAACUUAAACUGCCAGUGAAGUCCAGAUCCAGUCACGUUUUAUAAUAUUUACGUGAGAAAAGAUUCUGAAUUUUGAGGCAAACUGAACACAGAUCAGCAGUGAAUAGGCAACUUUUCAUCUUCACAAAAAGGGAACAAGAUCCUGGACAAGAGAUUAGCUGCUUUCCUCUCCACUUGCUAACUAUAAAUUGUUGUUAAUGUUUAAUAAAGAAAUUAAGAUGAAUUUAUCUGAAAAGUUUUUUAAGAGAAGAUCUACAAGACAUUUGUGAUCUAAGAGCAACACACACUAUGAAUAUUAGUGACUUGAUCCACUCUUUUAGUGACUGUACAAAGAAAGCAAGCAGAGUUUGUAUUAACAUGGCCAGUUAUUUAUUCUUAAUUGGUGACCUGUAACCCGAAUGGAUCAGUGUGUACUGUAAUCCUUCUUUCCUAAAGCAUAUUAAAUGUUUUUGGAACAAA